UUAAUAUGCUUCGAUCGGACAGUGUUUACUCUCUCCAUUCAAGGCUUGUGCGCUCCAAGAAUAGCCGUCAGCGCUUAAAACGCCGGGCUGCGGGGAAGGAAGUGACAUUCUUCCUUCCACUCACUACACACACUUGGAGAGAUUAGCGCGCGGGCAGCAGUAAUCUGGUUUCAGGACCACGGCCAGAGACACCGUUUGGCCACGAAUCCUGUCGAAAGUUGCCCCCAGCGCGGUGUGAACAUUUGAGGACACCGAAAGCGUGAAAGAAGUUCAACAGGACGCGAAGGACUCCGACAAAGUGGAUCUGGAAAUGUUUGUUCGGUUGGUUUUUAUUCAAUGAAGCUUGUUAAUCUCUGGACAAUCAGUGUGUCGGAUGCGAAUGACACUGAGCAUUUAGGAGUUUAAUGAUCAACUAAAAAUCAAGUUUCUUUGUGUGUGAGUGUGAAACACGGGGCGAAGGGAGUAGUGGAGAAGGCUGUGCGCUCGAUCGGGAGCGCGCAAAGACUUCACAUUGGUCGGACCCUGGACUCGUGAGGAUGGACAUCCGGCCGGACAGAUUUAAGGCCGCGGCAGCCAAGACUCUCGGGAAAAUAUACGGAGCCCUUGAGAAGAAACAGGAAAAUGGGGAGACCAUCGAGCUGUCGGCUGAGGGCCGGCCAGAGCUGGUCGAGGAGAAGGAGCUGCCCGUCGUGGACUGCACGUGUUUCGGCCUGCCCAGGCGCUACAUCAUCGCCAUCCUCUCCGGCAUCGGCUUUUGCAUCUCCUUCGGUAUCAGGUGUAACCUCGGCGUGGCCAUCGUCAGCAUGGUGAACAGCCACACUGUCUUCAAAGACAACAAGGAGGUUAUAGUGAAAGCUCAGUUUGACUGGGAUCCAGAGACAGUGGGGAUGAUCCACGGGUCCUUCUUCUGGGGAUACAUCGUAACUCAAAUCCCUGGAGGGUUCAUCUGUCAAAAGUUUGCAGCAAACAGAGUGUUUGGCUUUGCUAUAGUGGCUACGUCUUGCCUGAAUAUGCUCAUCCCUGCAGCAGCACGAAUGCAUUUUGGCUGUGUUAUCAUUGUCAGGGUGUUUCAAGGACUUGUGGAGGGAGUUUCAUAUCCAGCCUGUCAUGGUAUUUGGGCAAAGUGGGCUCCGCCUCUGGAGAGAAGUCGCCUGGCUACAACGGCCUUUUGUGGUUCUUAUGCUGGUGCUGUGAUUGCCAUGCCUUUAGCUGGAAUACUGGUGCAGUACUCAGGAUGGUCAUCAGUCUUUUACGUCUAUGGAAGUUUUGGGAUCAUGUGGUACUGCUUCUGGUUCCUGGUGUCUUAUGAAAGUCCAGCCGCCCAUCCCACCAUCACUGAGGAGGAGAGAACAUAUAUUGAGGAAAGCAUCGGCGCGACUGCUCAACAAGCAGUAACGAAAUUCAACACACCAUGGAGGGCCUUCUUUACAUCCAUGCCAGUGUAUGCCAUCAUCGUAGCUAACUUCUGCAGAAGCUGGACUUUCUACUUGCUUCUCAUCAGCCAGCCUGCAUACUUUGAGGAGGUGUUUGGGUUCGAAAUUAGCAAGGUGGGCAUAGUCUCUGCCCUUCCCCAUCUUGUCAUGACCAUUAUUGUGCCCAUUGGCGGCCAACUAGCCGACUAUCUACGCUCAAACCAAAUAAUGUCCACCACUAACGUCAGGAAAAUGAUGAACUGUGGAGGGUUUGGGAUGGAGGCAACACUGCUGCUAGUGGUGGGAUUCUCUCACACCAAAGGUGUCGCCAUUACUUUCCUGGUUCUGGCUGUGGGUUUCUCUGGCUUUGCAAUUUCAGGUUUCAAUGUCAACCACCUUGACAUUGCACCACGCUAUGCCAGUAUCCUCAUGGGUAUCUCUAACGGAGUGGGCACUUUAUCGGGGAUGGUUUGCCCGCUUAUAGUUGGUGCCAUGACAAAGCACAAGACACGAGAGGAGUGGCAGGGCGUGUUUCUGAUCGCCUCACUGGUUCAUUAUGGAGGUGUAAUAUUCUAUGGCCUCUUCGCAUCGGGUGAGAAGCAAGCCUGGGCAGAGCCGGAGGAGCAGAGCGAUGAGAAAUGUGGCAUUCUGGAUGAAGACGAGCUAGCCAAUGAGACAGAGGAGCUGUAUCGCACAAGUGGAGGAGGAGGCUACGGCGCCAUGAACCAGGGAGCAGAUCCAAAUGGAGGUGGAGGCAUGGGAGGAGGAGGAGGAGGAGGAGGAUGGGUUUCCGACUGGGACAAAACUGAGGAGUAUGUCCAACCAGCUGGAACCAAUAAUUAUCUACAAGGAGAGGGAGGCCGAGAGUUUUCAUAA